CUUACUCACACCUCCCCCAGCCCAACCCUCCAUGGCCGCCUCCACCAUGUCCGUCUGCUCCAGCGCUUGCACCGAGCCCUGGCAGGUGGACGACUGCCCAGAGAGCUGCUGCGAGCCCCCCUGCUGUGAGCCCAGCUGCUGCCAGCCCAGCUGCUGCCAGCCCAGCUGCUGCACCUCAGCCCCCUGCCUGAGCCUCAUCUGCACCCCAUGCUGCCAGUCAGGCUGCACCAGCUCCUGCACGCCCACGUGCUGCCAGCAGUCCAGCUGCCAGCCGGCUUGCUGCUCCUCCUCCUGCCAGCCUUCCUGCUGUGUGUCUGCCUGCUGCGCACCCGCCUGCUCCGGUGCCUACUUCUCCUGCUGCCAGCAGUCUAGCUGCCAGCAAGCUUGCUGCUCCUCAUCCUGCCAGCCGUCUUGCUGUGUGCCCGCCUGCUGCACACCUGUCUGCUGCACACCCGUCUGCUGCACACCUGUCUGCUCAGGCACCUCCUCCUCCUGCCAGCCCUCCUGCUGUGUGCCUGCCUGCUGCACACCUGUCUGCUGCAAGCCUGUCUGCUCAGGCACCUCUUCCUGCUUCCGGCAGUCUAGCUGCCAGCCUGCUUGCUGUUCCUGCUCCCCCUGCCAGCCAUCCUGCUACAUGCCCAUCUGCUGCUCACCCUCCUGCUCCUCCGUGUCCCUGCUCUGCCGCCCCGUGUGCAGACCCUCCUGCUGUGUGCCCGCCUCCUCCUGCUGCACCUCCUCCUGCCAGCCCAGCUGCUGCCGCGUGGCCUCCUCCACGUCCCUGCUCUGCCGCCCCGCCUGCUCCCGCCAGGCUGGCUGUGGGCUGUCCUUGGGUCAGAAGUCCUGCUGCUGACUGGAUCCCCCUACUCCCAGCCCUGCAGGCUCAAGUCUGACCUCAGGGCUCCCUCUGCUUGCGUCUUGGCUUCCUCAGCUGCUGUCUCCCAGUAAAGGCCCAGAAAGAGGAGACCCUGCUGCCUAAGGGGCUCUGGCUACCCCACAAGAGGCUUGUAUCUGCCCUCUGCCCCCUCCCAGAACCCAAGUCCCCUGCUGGACAUGGUUCUCUAGGCUGAGCCUCAGUGGGCCCUUUGCUCUGGGGCUGCCUCAGCUGCUCUGGCUUUGAGCCCUGCAGAGAAGCUAAUAAAGUUCCCUCCUG